CGUUCACAGGUACCUCGAUUUCUCCGACAAAGUCUCUGCCGUUCCAAACAGGUGAAUGCGGGCAGGGGAACGAGCCAUUCGUAAUUCCAUAGCCAACUGUGAACGAUUCGGUCGUCGAAAUUCAAAAUGGCCACGGCCCGACUUACUUUCGAACAGUGCAAGUGAAAUUCCGCGAAGUUUUGUGAGUUCUGCGCGAAGUGCUGUGAGGGCUUUGUGACUUUGGGAUCGGUUUGUGAAGGAGCAAAGGACGACGCAGACGGAUUUUAGACCCUGGGCAAGGUCUAAUACACAGCUAUUCGGCAGCUUUUAUACGAUUUUUCGAAAGACUCUUGAACAACCCCGAACGAAAAUGCUCCAAAAUUCGUACAAAGCGAUGUACCGACCGAACUUCUACGAGAGCACGUGUCUCCGGUGCAACGAAACCGUCUACCAAGUAGACAGAGUGGGCCCACUCAAAGACUUCACGUUCUUCCACAGCGGGUGCUUCAAGUGCGCGGUGUGCGGGACUAAGUUGACUUUGAAAACGUACUACAAUAACCAACACAGGCAGGAAGAUAAGGAGGUUUACUGCAACAGCCACGUACCCAAAAUUGGUCCAGGACAUCUGGAUGGGUCCUCUUUCGGCAUCAGGUCAGCCCUGAACGUGCCCAAGACCUCCAAUAUCGUCAACGAGCAAAUCAGGGGGCCCAGCAGAGGAGGCCUCGAAGGAGAGGUUCUCAACAUCCGUACCCACAUGAACGGCACCGCCCAGCAACCUCAUUCUCCCCCGUACGGCGGUGAGAGGGAGCGGCAUUCCAGCCCGCAUUAUAGUCCUAACUCGUACCAAAACAACCACCAUGAAAACUCGCCCUCGUACCAGUACGGAAGAUUCGACGCGAGUGCGCUUCACAUUGCGCAUGCUCUCAAGCAGACUGAGCUCCAAAAGUCCUACAAAGUCUCCAGAGAGAAGCCCAUCGACUGUUAUUUGGAUAGGGAUGAACAACGAAGAUUGGAAAUGAUUCACAGGAAAGAGGAAGACGACUUGUACAGAAAAUUCCAGAGACAAAGAGAGGAAGAAGAAAAACGAAUACGAGAUGAAAUCAGA